UGGAAAUUGCACUUCAAUAAGAAGUAUACCAUCGGGGAGGCAGUAUGAACACCACAGCCAGCCCAAGUAUAAGCUUGGGGCAAGUAGAAGAUGAACUUCGUGAAGCCGAAGCAUAUCUGUUCCAAGAGGCCCCGAAAAAGGAAACGUUGACGGACAUUGCGCUUCCCACCAUGACAGAAGCUCGUCGGAAGGAGAUUAUUGCUAAACUCAACUCGGAGCGUGCAGCCCUACGUCAACGCAAGACUGCUCCUCCUUCAGCAGACGACGACCGCACGUCCUCCACUUCGUUCUUGGACGCUACAGCGUUCUUUCCGCUGCCGUCGCUCCACCAGCAUUCAUUUGAAAGUCCAAGUCAGUUCAAUUCUAUCGAUGACAAGAGGUGUGGUGGCGAUUCCCGAGAUGGCAACGACGGAGCAUAUAGCGGUGACGAGGACGACGGUGACGACAGCAUGUACUUCUUGAAGGAACUCGAGCGGUCCGAUGGCAAUGACAGUCUCUUCUUCGCUUCGGACAUUCACAACCUACCCCUGCCUUCCUUCGAUCCCUCUUCAUUUCCCAGUGAGCUCCAUGAGCCACACAUCCCAUCGCCCCCCACCUCGCCAUUUGCCCCAGCUAAGCCGCCUUGCACUUCAGGCAGACCCCCAAAACGAGGGGUUCGAUUUCACAUUGAGCUCGAACCUCCAGCUCGAAGCAUUGCACCGUCAACGGCUACUAGUGAUAAUCCACCCCACCCCACGACCAGAGCAUCAGUCACACCCAAGAGACUCAUUUCAUCGAGUCCGUCGAGCUCCCAUCCUAGCCCAGCCCAUCAAUCCAGCUCACCACCACCACCACCACCACCACCACCACUUCCAUCGCCCAAGAGAGCUGUCAUGCGUUCGUCGUGUGCAAAGCCACCAGCUCCACCUUCGUCCACACAGCAAUCGAAACGCAUGAGCCAACUCGCUCGAUCCGUUGACUAUACUGCGCGAGAAAAGACAAAAGUCGCGCAAGAUAUGGCCACGCUGACCUCCACGUGCUCGUUUCGCCCAGCGCAGUCUUCUCGAGCUGCACAAACGUUAAAGACGCCCGAGAAGGCUAGACGGUCCAAGGCAACAGCCCAUUCCAAGCCACCUCCGUCGUGGAGCCCACACAAGAAAGCCAAGGUGGACGAGCUCACGGAGCGGUUGCAUGUGGAAGGGGCGCUUCGCUUUGAGCUUCGUGAGAAAGUCAAGCAAGUGCUCGACGACCAGCGGGUUCGGGCUACGUGCACGUUCAAACCAAAGAUCAAUAGGAACAAUCGGUCAGUACUGGGACAUACAACAAAUCAAAAACCCAUUCACACUCGGCUCCCAGAGCUGCAGCGCCAAAAGAAGGAAAUGCUGCGGCAGUUGGAGCACGCCAUCGAAGCCGAGAGCCAACUCACGUUUACGCCCACAAUCAACGCCCACAGCCACAAAUUGACACAUGAUAUGACGAAAAUGGACGUGACGGAUCGACUCGUGCAAGACGCCGAAGACACUGCCGAAAAGAAGCUGCAAGUGCAAGCGUACUACGCAGCUUUGGAUGUGCCAGCGUUUGUCCCGUGUGUGAAUGAGCGCAGCAAUGCAAUUGUCGAGAAAAAGCCCGAGUUCAAGCUGGACUUUGUCGCGAGGCAACAACUGCUACAUGCGCAGAUGGAGCAGAAAUUUGAGGCGAAAUUGGCGCUGGAGGAGCGGAUUCAAGCGGAAGAAAAACCUUUCCAGCCGUGCAUUGGCAACUCAAAUCAAGUGCUGCAGUACACGCGACCAAAGCGUCUUGUUGAGUCCACUCAAGCGCAACUCUAUCGCAUGACCUAUGAAGAACCUCGGCAGCGAGCGCUAGUGAAAAAACGACUGGAAGACGAACAGUACGAAAAGUUUAGUCACAAGCCGACGUUGAACCCCGUGUCGAAUGCGCUCGGGCGACCCACGUCCAUUCACAAACUGGCUCAAAUCGUAUGGCUAGAAAGCGCCGACCAAGAUGAUCCGAUCCCGAGUCGUGCGGGACAUGGAUGCCCAAGCUCAAGCCGAAUGCCGGUUUCGGCCGGAAUUGGUGGCUGUCGACGAUGCAGACCUGGACCGCACCACUGUGUGGAACCCAGACGUGCGAACACCAUGUCAUUAUUUCAAAAAAUAUGUGACCAAUCUCGGGUGUUUAUUAGACGUGCUUGCAGCAGAUUGAACAGGCGCGAAUGACGCGUCGGCAAAAACUCGAAGAUCAGCGGAAUUCGCUAGAGUUUCAAGAACUUCAAGCGUGUACCUUUGCCCCGACCAUCAACAAAUCGACGACAAAGCCGUCGAGAGGUCCGGUGGUGGUCCGCGGCCUUGGCAGGUUCCUGGAGCUCAAGCAAUUGGCCAAACGUCAAGUAGCCGAGCGAAAGUACGUGUGUUGUCAUAGACUUUUGCAUGUUGUUUUUGGCAUGUGAUUGAAAUUGCCCAACUAGGGAACGCGAAGCAAAAGUGUUCACCCAAACUCGAGACUACACGCCUCGGGCGUACACGGUGCCUCAGCCGUUCAACCUCUCGUUCGACCAACGGCGACGGGCGCGUGAAGAGCGGCUCAAAGCUGAAAUGGACGAAAAAGAGCUUGGCGAAUGUACUUUUCAGCCACAUACAAUGGAGCACAAGAAUCGCAGACUCAUUCAUAGACUCUUGGAGCAAUCUCAAGAACUAUAAAUAUACUUGUGCAAAAAAGCAGA